GAGGUUGAAAGUGUUGCUGCUGAGAUGUUUGUCCGUAGGACGGAGAAGAGUUUGAAAAGAAGGACGAGGGAGGACAGGUUGGACAGGCUGGGGAAGGAUACAAGAAAGGGGGUAAGAUCACGGCCUGGUACGCCUGAGAUGUCAACAAACAUGGUGAUUAAGGAGAUAAAAGAGAUCCGGGAUGGGAGACCGAUGGCUCGUAUUAGAGAUACAAACUCUCUUCAGGAACAGACAAGAAGAAAAAGGAAAAACAGCUUUGAUAUUGAUCAUAUCGUUAUCCCCUACAGUAUGCCUUCAACAAGGGUAGAGAAACCAAAGUAUAAGGAGAUCCAAACGCCUAGUUGGCGUGAAGUUGAUAAACCCUACCCCUGGCCUCCUCCAGGAUCCUCCAAGAAAGGAUUGUCCCGGAAACCUCAGCCUCCGAAACCUUCAACUAGAGAUCUGGAGUUUGAGGACAUCAGUGAUUUAACAAUGAAGAUUUUACACGCUCAGGCUGAGGAGGAGGAGAGGAUAAGGUGGGCAACUCCCCUGGGCAGGGUUCAUGGAGGACAACGCCAGAGAGCCAAUAGAGCUCGGAGGUUGGAUUCUUGCUUGACAGAGGCCAGUAGUGGGGCAAACACACCCGACCCCCUCUCCCCAGGGCUUGUAGAGGACAUCCUCGUUCAAACUAGGCCAUCCUCGCCACAGGAGGAGACCAUCUUAAAUCCAGGGUCCUUACCAUCUGUAGGUGCAACUUCUACCACUCCUUUCCCCCCUACAACUGCUGCCCCUCCAACUCCAGGAACUUCCACUGCUCCCCUAAAUCCGGUAGGGGCAACAUCCACUACCCCCCUAACCCCUUCACAUUCCGCCCCCUUGGCUCCUUCGACGGCAUCUUCGACAGUCCCAUUUACACCAAUAAACCUGAUAAGUCCUUGGACCCCUGCCAGUGUAAAGAAUAGAAGAAGAACGUCAAGUCAAACUAAAAGUCGGGACAGGAACUUGUCGGAAGCAAGUCAGCAGAGUCAAGAGUCAUCCAGAUCUACUAGUCCCUGGACUGAAGCAGAGGAGUAUAUUCAACCCUAUCUUGUGUUUAGAUCUACUAGUCCCUGGACUGGAGAGGAGUGUAAUCAACCCUAUCUUGUAUUUAGAUCUACUAGUCCCUGGACUGUAGCAGAGGAGUAUAUUCAACCUUAUCUUGUAUUUAGAUCUACUAGUCCCUGGACUGAAGCAGAGGAGUAUAUUCAACCCUAUCUUGUAUUUAGUUCUACUAGUCCCUGGACUGUAGAGGAGUAUAUUCAACCCUAUCUUGUAUUUAGAUCUACUAGUCCAUGUACUGUAGAGGAGUAUAUUCAACCCUAUCUUGUAUUUAGAUCUACUAGUCCCUGGACUGUAGCAGAGGAGUAUAUUCAACCCUAUCUUGUAUUUAGAUCUACUAGUCCAUGUACUGUAGCAUAG